UCAUGCGUGCAGUAUUUUAGGCGGAGCCACUUCCAUUUUUUAAAAGGUGUAGACCGACGUAUGACAACCCAUUUGUGUGGAAAACUGGCAACAAUGAAGACUAUAAUUGUCCUUGCUCUGGUGGGUGUCUGUGUGGCCCUUCAGAAUCGUGGUAGACAGAACGCAUUCUCCUUCCCAGGAAAACCAGUGCAAGCUGUGAUUUCAGAGAAGCGUAGUUUGGAAUUCCCAGCAAUUGAGGCUUCUGCUGAAGAAGAAAAAAGCAGUAAUGGGUUCUUAGAACAAAGAAAUUUUGUGUUAAGCAAUCCGCACCACAGAAAUGUUCGAUUAGGAGGACAAAACCUUCCUCAGUUUGGCUUCCAUGCUGCUAUACCACAGGAAAAACAGCCAGACGCUGAGGAUGUCAAUAAAGAUUCCUCUGAGUCUUCCCCCAUUGAAGAAACGGCUCAAGCAGUCACUGAACAAGACCAGAAAUCUUCCCGUGAGGAAGCCAAAAAAGAUGACAAUGUAUCUUCUAGUGAAGAACAACUGGCAAAAGAAGAAGAGUCAGUUCCCAAGAAAGAUUUAGAAAAUGAAGACAGUGCCGUCCUUGAGGAGCAGCAAGCAGAACCACCCAAACUAUUCAAUCGUUUCUCAUUCAUCCACCCACGAGGCCAAUCCCUGCUGCUUCAAGGUUCACGGGCUGAAAGGGAAAUCAGUGAAGAUGUUCCUGCUGGGAUUGAACUGAAUCCCAGUGGGCCAGUCCAAGGGUUUUCCAGUCUGAAUGGAAAUGUCAGAAACAGAAAGCAAUACAAGCGUGUCAGGACCAUUAGAUUAGUCCCUAAAUAAAAACAAUUUACUGUAUUUAUUGGCAAAAAGCCAGAAAAAGGUCAAUAAAUUUAUUAUAUGAUUUAAAAUGGUAUCCUUUUUAAUUUGCAGAUCUUAACCAGAUGCUGAUUAAAAGUUAAUACAGCCCAUGCUUUUCUUCUCUUCUUGCAUAAACAUCUUAUCUUAAAUAUAGUUAGCUUCAACUUAAACUCGGUCCAAUAAAGCUUUAGCAAAUAUUAA